AUGCACCGUGUCGGCUUGCAAACCGCCAAUAAACUUGACAGAAGAAGAAGUUAGCUCGAGCCACUGUUAGCUUGUUAACUUAGAGGAAAUUCUCAGAGUCGUGGUUUGUCAUCAGAUUGCCGCCUUGUCACUCUCUUCAUCAGCACUGCAGGGUUGUUUGGGGUUUCAGCCCUUUUCCUGACCUGCUAAAAUGCCAGCUGCACUUGCAGAUUCCAGUCAAAUAAUCUGUGAGGUCUGGGCGAGCAACGUGGAAGAUGAGAUGAGGAAAAUCCGACAGAUCAUUCAAAGCUACAAUUACAUUGCCAUGGACACAGAAUUCCCCGGAGUGGUUGUUCGACCCAUCGGAGAGUUCCGCAGCACCGUGGAUUACCAGUAUCAGCUGCUGCGGUGUAAUGUGGACCUCCUGAAGAUCAUCCAGUUGGGGUUGACAUUCAUGAAUGAGGAUGGAGAUUAUCCUCCAGGCAUAACAACAUGGCAGUUCAACUUCAAGUUCAACCUCACAGAAGACAUGUACUCACAGGACUCCAUAGACUUGCUCCAGAACUCGGGCCUCCAGUUCAAGAAGCAUGAAGAAGAGGGAAUCGACACACUCUACUUCGCUGAGCUCCUCAUGACGUCUGGUCUGGUGCUGUGUGAAAACGUCAAGUGGCUCUCCUUCCACAGUGGCUACGACUUCGGCUACCUGGUGAAACUUCUGACAGACGCUCGGCUUCCCGAAGAGGAACAUGAUUUCUUCCAGAUACUCAACUUGUUUUUUCCGGCAAUCUAUGAUGUCAAGUACUUAAUGAAGAGCUGCAAGAGCCUAAAGGGGGGCCUCCAGGAGGUAGCAGACCAGCUGGAGCUAAAGCGGAUUGGGCGACAGCAUCAGGCAGGAUCAGACUCCUUGCUGACUGGCAUGGCCUUCUUCAGAAUGAAAGAGCUUUUCUUCGAAGACAACAUUGAUGACGCAAAGUAUUGUGGGAGAUUGUACGGCCUGGGUUCAGGUUCUGGCCAGGCCCAGAACGGUGUGUCCAGCUCCAGCCAGGAGGAGGCGAACAACAAGCACUGAGUGUGCGCACACUUCACCGCACACGGUUUUGAAGCACCGCAUUCUCCUCCGCUUUUCUUCGAGCCAAAAAACCCAACUCUGCAGGACGAAAACCUUUGUUUCCUGUGACUGACUGUAUAAUGUGCUCAGUGGAUCCUUCACUGGCUCAUCUUUAUUUGCUUUUAUGAGUACUUGUGUGUGUAUAUUCAGAACUUUUUAAAUCUUUUUUUUUUCCUUUAUUGUAGUGAUGCCCUUCUCUGAACAGCAGGGGACCAGAACCUAUAUCAUACUGUGAUUUCACACAGACCAGCUCGGAAUCAUUUCCUGUACCAGGGAUUCCCCUCCCCCUUUUUUGUGCUGGAAGGGCCUGUAAAUUAAAAUGUGUAAUUAUAAUGAAAAUAAAAUGUUUUAGCUCUUUUCCAAGUGAACGUUUAAGAGUGAGCAUCAUAAAAUUGUGCUUUUUCUGCAUGUUUGUACAGUCACCCAACAAACAAGUGUCACCUUGAAAGGUUGUUGCUGAUUCGUCAUUUGACAGUUGUAUAUUAAAUUUUGUAUUUUGAA